CCUCAUUGCUUUUGUGUGUUCUUCGUUUUAAAAAAGUUUGGUACUUAGGUCCGUGAGAGUUAAUCCACGUCAAAACCUAGUCUCAUCCCUAUGGCAUGUACGCAUUUACCAAAUUGUGAAUGUGAUGCACAUUUGUUCCUUGCUAGCCGACCCCUAAUAAUUUUGGGACUAAGGCUAUGUUGUUUUUGGGAUUAGAAAAUCUGAAAUAGGCCUAAUUGGUGAAUAAUUGUUGAAUUAGUGCAGAGUGUGAAAUGAUAAUCUUGAAUUAUAUUUAUUGUUCUUUAGUAUUAUGCUACAAAUUGCAAUGUGUUAGUGUUAAUUGAUAAUGAUUAUGAUCAUUGAGUAAAUCCAUCUUAUUGUAUUUAUAAUUUUUUAGGUUUAUAAGUUAUUUAAGGAUUGAUGGAUUUAGAGAAGUAUUUGGAUGUGUACACGAAUUUGACAAGGGAAGAACUUGAGAAAAUUAUGGAUCUUGUUUGCUAUGGGAGGGAUCUUGAUUGGUGUGAAAGGGCUCUUAGUUGGCAGGCAAAAUUUCUUCACGAGAGUAGGGAAAGAGUGAAGAUACAUGGUAGACCAGCUCUUCUUUCUAGUCCCCUGAUUCAAGUGUUUUCAGUUAGUGUCCAACUUAAACAGGAGGUUAAACCUCUUUCUAUUUAUGGAAGAAUUGGCGUUGAGUUUCCCGAUUUUACUUAUGGAGGGAUAGCUGGACAUGAAUUGUACAAGCGUGAGCGUAAUAUUCCUCAAUUCCUUAACACAAGUGACACACUUAUAUUAAAUGGCCCUCUCUAUACAUGUGAUCCACUUCAUGCAUGCAUGCCACUACAUAGGAAUAAGAUAGAUGUCAAACUUUUUUGUGGAGAGGACAAGGUGUUUGCAUUUGAAAGCUUUUCUUUGGAGGAUAAUGGAAGUGACUAUGAAGAGGUUAAGUCUAGGGUUAUCAACUGUGAACAAGGGUCUCUCAUUAUGAGCUACAUUGUCAUUCCCUUUGGCGUUUUCUGUCGCUUAGAAGUUAAGUUUAGUAACAGACAAACAUCGGAAAAGCGUGACUUUGUUGACAUUAAUGGAAAAGUUAGUGUUCGUUAUGCCAAUACCUAUGGCAGUUAUGCUUUGGAAGAAAGCAUUCUUUUUGAGAAGGAAGUCCAUGAAUAUGAACGAGUAGAAAUUGAUCAGAAUAUGCUACUUGCUAGAUAUUGGGUAGCUUUGCCGGCAUACUCCUUUUCAGUUGUUGAUCUAGACUUGUCAGAAUUUGUAAGUGGCCGAAAGAUCAUCAGUGACACAAUGGAGUUUCUAGCUCAACCGGAAGGAAUGUAUGGCGACACGUUUGUAUCGGAUGAUCUUUUCAUCGAAGUAUCUGUGGCAUGGUUCACACCUUCACCGAUGGGGCCACAAUAUGAUAAGUUUUCAUGUAACAUAGAUGAAAUCCCCAUGGAGGAGGAUACUGAUGAGGAGGAUACGGAUGAGGAGGAUACUGAUGAGGAGGAUACCUAUGAGGAGGAUGAGCCUUCUAGUGAUGAGACACCAUCCAACAUCAACUUCACUAGGGGUCUUCGUCCUCAUAUGAGUAAACCAUGGCCAUCGCGUGCUAUUGAGAUAUUUUCUGUAUUUGUUGGCCGACAAAACUCAAAUGCAUUGCGAGUUUAUGGUUCACUUGAAGUUUUAUCCGAUGAUCAUCAAAUUUGUUUGAUUUUCAAGAGAGAUAGGAAUGAUGCUUUGAGCUUAUUAAAACACAUGGAGUCCACAAUUGGUGUACCAGAUGGCCCUCGGGGCUAUGAGGAGUGCCCAUUAGAAAUCAAGGUUGAACUAAAGGAUGCUGAAGACCGUUUAUCUAUUAAGGGCUAUGUGGAUUGGCAGGCUUCGGCUCUUGAAAGAUCAUUGUGGUGUGACAAACAGCUCUGCAACGUAUUCCAAGGUGAAAAUGGAUUUGCUGCUGUGCACUACUCCAUUUUUUCAAAAGCUGUACAAGCGGUGAUCAGGACUUCUUUGGGUUUCAAAAUGGGUUAUGUUAAUGAUCAUUCUCAGAAGGUUUAUGGUAGCCUCAUUUCUUCUUAUAACUGCUUUGACUAUUCUUCAUGGUAUACCAAGGAGUAUUAUCGGUGUGUUCUGUUUAGGAGGAUUGAAGAUGAAGUGAUAGAACUAAAUCAUGAUUCUUCGUUGCCACUUUCAAGAUCUAUGGUUGUUGUGCCUGCAUAUUCUUCUCUUGUUAUUGAUGUAGAUCUAGACAUAUCUGGUCAAAAGCUAUUAUGUACUCGAGAGAUCAAGAUCGGUGAAAGUUGGAAGACUGUAGAGAUCAAUGAUCGUUUGGUUUGUUUUGAAUUAGAGUGGUGCGAAAUUAAGUGAUACUCCCUUUGUCACUUUGUACUCAUUUCUUUGUCCUAAUGAUUUUGCAGAGAAAUCAAGAAAUGUGUUAGUCUUUUAGAUGCAAUUGCUUUCUCAUGUUCAGGGAAGUGUGAUCUGUGAAUUGUGAUCCCUUUUUAGAUGCAUUUGCUUUCAAAUGUUCAGGGAAUUGUCAUCUGUGAAUUGUGAUCAGGGAAUUGUGAAUGGGAUUUAAUGUGAAUAUUUUGACUUGUUGGCAAUCAGC